CAUCAAUUUGAGGAAUUGCAAACCGAAGACUGACUUGACUCACGAUAAAUUUAAUUUGUUCAGAGAUUAGGGAACCAUAAAUUGAGAGCAGAUCUUCGAUUCAACGGUGCGCAAGCCUAUCAUUCAUCCCGAUUUCUUUGCAGAUGGUUGACGAACUACUACGAAAGUUUGCCCAAGAGAAUUUCGGCCAUGGAUAUUACACUGCCGUUCCUGGCGAAAUUGAGAAAGUACAACCCCUGGUACUGGCGAUAAAAAAGUAUCCUCCAAUAUGGAAGCGACCUUUUAAAACAUCUCAAAUCAUAGUCCUGGCGGGACUAGAAAAGUACUUAAAGAGUAAAGAGGAAGCUCUUGGGUUUCGUGAUUACUUAAAAUCUAAGAUCAAAGAAGAAACAUUUCAGUCGAAACAAAAAAUUGACAAAGGAUCCAGGACUAAGGAACUGGAUGCAAGCUUCGUAGGACAUCUGGAGGGAACUAUACGGUUAAACGAUGAUCAAGGAGUUCUAGAGCUGGGUAACCUGAGUCAGAAAUAUAUUGACGAUCCAGAUCUCCGUGAAAUUCUGGCGAAAACGGCCUUAGAUGCCAAAAUAAAGCAUAGUUUUACGGAUGGCGAUAAACUUCUUCUUAUAACAGAGGUGAUUUACAGUGGGAAGUUCGAAAUGAAAAGAGGGAAACAAUGGAAGAUCCAGGCUGAACUUAAACUGCCAGAACCUUCAGCAACUCCAAACCAUUCUGCGAAAAGACACUACAGGGUCACAAGUUAUUUUGGAGAGAUGCCGUCCAGGGACUUCAAGGCACCGAUAUUAUUUAGGUGCUGCAAUGUUAAAUACAUCAAAGAAGAAAACCGACUGGAAAUCCCGAAGGGAGAAUUUGUCGGUAGAUCAGUGCUCUAGGAAAUGUCAGGCGACGGAUUUCACGAGCCCAGGGAGACUGAGACAUAUGCUUACUUUUAAUGGAAAGGAUGCGAAAUUAUUAGUCCACGUGCUUUUGAUAUGUAUUUUUCACCCUCUAUCUUUAGAGGCCCUUGACAAAUGCGUAAGCUGCAGUCGUCAACGGGUAAAUUAUUGACUAAAGUGCGAAUUCGAACCUUAGUUUUUAGUGCCUGAUUUUUACAGUUUCUGUAAACAUAUAUAAUAUAUAUGCUAAACGUUUCCCAAUCAAGUGUAAA